UUGGUAACUCUAAUUCGAACUCUCUGAACAUAGGCAUAAUCUCCGGUAUAAGUACCAAUUAUUAACAAAAAAUUAAAAAUAUACCGGCAACCACAUCUGUCAAACUAAAAAAAAUUCUCAGCUAAAAUGAGUCAGUCAGAACCUGAUACGUGUUUGGAACUUGAUGAUGAUGUCGAUCAUGGUGAAUCUGUAUCCGACAUCGAAGCUGAUAUUGAUAUUGAGUUUAUUAAAAAGAAAAUUGAAGAAUUGCGAGAACAAACGAUUUCCAGGAAACUCCUAACAUCAAAAGCAAAGAAUGAUGAAGAAAAUUUUGCAAAAGAUCUGCAGGAUUUAGAAAAUACUGGCGCUUCCAAUAUAAGAAAAUUGGAACAAUUACGCAAUGAACUAAAUAAGCAGCGCAGUGCGAAUGUAGUCUUAGAGGAGCACCUGAACCGAUCACUUCGAGAGCUCCAUAAAAUGCAGACUGAGGCGGACACUGGGUCGAAACGAUUGCACACAGAGAGAAAAAAAUCUAGCGAACAAGCCAAUAAAGUACAAAAAGAUUUGGAUAAUUUAAUCUGCGUUAUAGACGACCUUCCUGCAAGAUUUAGUAGAGAAAGGCUACAGGCAGAAGUUUCGGCUAUAAGAGAACAAGCUGUAAAAAUGGACGGUGAAUUAAGUCUGAUGCGAAACGAAUUAGAAUACUUAAAAAACAAACUAGUCGAAUAUCCUACUUUUGACGAGGAACUCGACAUAAGCAACAAAAUAGCGGAAGACGUUAUUAAAGACUUUGAAGAAUCUGAGAGGCAAGUCAUCAUCUUAAGGAAAGAAGAGAAGAAGUUGCGUGCCCAAAUAUUGCAAGCAGAAGCAACGAGCUCACAAGUCGCGAGGGAUCAGAUAUCAAACUUUUUUGAACCCAACCUGCGAAUUUUUAAUACCCCCAGCUUUCUAAACAACGAUAAACUCUAA